AUGCGCGCUCACAAAAAUGCCGUUCUCAAAUUUCAGCACAAAAACCAACUGGCUCGCAUCUUCCCUGGUGUCAGUGAGUUUCCUCACGCAAUUUCUGUCUACGGGGGAGAGUGCACGCUAUGUGCAACUCAGCUAACCCCAGGUGACGCUGCUCUCGAUUUCUACGAUGGCAACAUCUAUUGCUCGAAUUGCCACCAAGACCAGAAAGCAGUUAUCCCACGUGAUGUAAUUGAGUGUUGGGAUUUCACAUUGAAACCAGUGUCUUUCGCUACGAAAACUUUCCUGGACUCAACCUCCCGAUAUCCAUUAAUAAAUGUUGCUUUGAUCAACCCGUCCCUCUUCUCGUGCAUUCCAGAACUGGUGAACUUACGUCGGCUGCGGCGGAUGGUUUCCCUGCUCUGGUCGCUCGUGUCCAGAUGUUCGAACCUGGCGUCCCAAGAACUCGUUUCCACUUUCAAGCAUCGUAGUUAUAUGUUGAUGAACGUUGACACAAUUGAUAUGUACUCCCUCGUAGAUCUAUUCGAAGUUCAGAACGGCGACUUGGAGGAGUUUCUACGAGCGGCUCUGAACAAUUUUGCGUCGACUCACGUCAGCUCAUGCUCCGGCUGCCGUGCUUGGGUAUCAGUUUGCGACAUUUGCAGGGAUAUUUCUAAACCUAUUUGGCCCUACGCUUUCGCCCAAUUUAGAAGAUGCAUCACACCGGGCUGUCGUCGAGGCAUGCACCUGGAAUGUCUUCCGCAAUCGAAAGACGGAGCUAAAACGCCGAUGGCAGGCCUAUUGCGUGCUGCCAAUUUGUUUGACGCGAACGCCGCCGGAGACUCACACGAACGUGACCAGUCAGGGAGCCUGAGUUCGAGUUCUAUUCACGAGGAGAACCCGGGUCAAGAGCGGCGAACAAUUGUCGAAGACUUAGAACCCCUGCGUCGCUGUGCUGUCUGCCGCAAUAAUUUAAGUAGUUCUGGAUCAAUCGAUCCAGUGUGA